UACCUGGACUCCUAUCAAAUCUAUUUUCUAGUGAAUGGCAGUAUGCUGCUUUAUUUGUUGAUGAAGAGCUCAGCGAAAGCUUUGAAGAUCCAAUACCCCGUUCCACUGGUAUUGAAACAUCCCACCAUGAACGAGACAUUGGGGAUAUUCUCUGUGAGCUGGCCUCCCAGAUUGAUACAGAAAAUGUCUCCCUGUUUAAUAUCAGCCGGAAUCACCUAUGGGACGGAGUGAAACGAGGCUUUAAAAAAAAAACUUUCUUACCUUGCAAAAGGCUUUCGGUGAAAUUUAUGGACGAUAUAGGAGUGAGCGAAGGAGCCGUCGACCUCGGAGGACCAAGGAGAGAAUUUUUAACCAUGCUAAUGGAGUCCUUGCACCAAGGAAGCCUCUUUGUGGGACCAGACCAUGCCAAGUUCCUAAACUACAUUAGUGGAUUGAUGGUCUCGGAUGACUAUUUUUAUGCGGGUAUGACUAUUGCAACAUCACUGGUUCAUGGUGGACCUGGCCCACAGUUCUUAUCACCAGUACUUUUUGAGGCGCUUUCAAGUACACCCGAGUCCACAUUUGUGGCAGUGCAAGAUAUCCCUGAUAUGGACAUAAGGAACUAUCUGGAGAAGCUUCUAACUUACCAGGAAGAACAUUCAAACACAGCAGACUUAUUUGAACCAAUCCAAACUCUGAUGCAGCUGGCUGGAACACACAAAGUUAUCCGUAAUGCUGAUGAUUAUCGCAAGAUUGCUGAAGAAACUGCACAUUGGUACAUUUUUGGAAGAACACGGGCAGCAUUUGAGAGAUUAAAGGAAGGGCUGAAAACUCUAGGUGUACUGGAUGCUAUGACCAAGUAUCCCAAUGCAUUCAAGCAUGUCAUGUGCUACACAGAAGACACCCUCACAGCCAAGACAUUUGAUAAUAUCUUCCGCCCUGUUCUACACCCAUUGGGCUCCAAUAAAAGGGGAACAGAAAAUCUUGUAUUGUCUCACUGGAAAGACUUUAUACAAGAACUACAAGAUGAGCCAUCAGAUGUCACAUUGAAGUCACUACUAUUCUUUAUUACUGGCUGCAAGACCGUACCACCACUGGGAUUCAGACCAGAACCCACUGUAGAUUUUUUACAUGAUGCUGAGGACAAUGGAGAGAAAUCAAGAUUUCCAAAGGCAAAUACAUGCAACUGCACGCUGUUUUUACCAACUAUACAUGUAGUUUAUGAAGAAUUCACUGAAGCCAUGAGAUAUGCUGUUCUAAAUUGUCAGGGCUUUGGCUUUGCAUAGUCAACUAUUGAUCUUCUGGUGUGCUGGAUGGUAGGGACGCUCCAGAUAAAACCAAAGAAAGGAAAAAUCAAAAAAAAAUGAGAAAAAAAAUACAGUAUACUUGGGAUUUCUUGUUUUUCCUGGUCCUGGGGAGAUCUGUGUGUUCUGUUUUUUUUCCCCCAACUCAAUGAUUUAAUUGCACCCUUCAUUUAACUAAUACUUUACCUAAUCUGAGCUUUUUCUUUUCUUUGGAGCUCUUAAAGUUAAUUUGAAGUUACAGGUAUAGAAAAGAAUUGUGAAACACUGCUUUAACCAAUUCAUCAGUUUCAAACAACAAACACUAAAUGGGCAACUGAUUUGAUCAUUUAUUAUUUCCAUGGCAAAUGCAAAUUUAUUUAUAUUAAAUAUUAUUUGUAUUAAAUA